AUGCUUGUGGCGCCACGCGGAGCGCGCCUGCCGUUCGUGCUCGAGGCGCUGCAGCCCGCGUGUGGGCCGAUUCGCGGCGGCACCGAGCUGGCGAUUCUAGGGGCGCAUUUCAACGGCACCUUGGACAUCCCACGCCGCGUCUCGGAUGUCCACCUGCGCGCGCCGUUGCACGAGACAGACGCUAAAGUCCGCUUCCUGCUUGGCGACAAGAUCUUGACCCAAGUCAACGCCAAGCUUCUCUCGUCCAAGAAGCUACUGUGCACGACACCGCAAUUCAACGAGCCACUCCGCAGCACCAACCAUGCCAACUGGGGUAGUGUGACGAUCUGUGUGAGCCUCGAAGACAGUGCGUUUGUCCCUUGCCGUCAGCGCUUUCAGUAUUACCUGCCCACUUACUUGUGUGACCUCGAUCCGCCAACGAUCCCGGAGCCAGAUCGUCUCGGGCUCACGCUGCGCGCGCACCUUAGCGUUGGCGCGACGCCCCAGACACCAAUGACGGACGCCGAGACCCUGCUGCAACGGCGUCUCGCGUCGUUCCUGUCACCGUCCGGCAGCGUCGUCGUAGCAGAGACGUUGCGCCUUUCCAUGGUCUUCCCUGAGGACGCCGGUGUCGGGCAAUAUACGCUAGCGUUCGCUUGGAACGGCGUCGACUUUGACGCACCACCGCCGCCGCCAUCGAGCUCCGAGUGGGCCGAUUGGGGCCAGCAUAACCGGUUUGAGAUCUUCCGCCCGCCGUCGCUGCGAAGCCUGCGCCCGCACGCGUGCUUCUACCUUGAAGGUCAGACACUGGACCUCGAUUUUGACCCGUGGCAAGCGCCAGGCUUGCGCCCGGCGUCCCACGCGAUCGUUCGGUUUGAGCGCGAGUGCAAAACCACGAGUCACUGCGAAGACUACAAGGUGCGCGUGCCCAUGCCUGCGGGCGAGUCGCGGCACCUAUCGGUCACGACGCCGUGGUUCCACGAAGCCGGCUUGUACGAGAUGGCCAUUUCUAUCAACGGCGGAUUGCACUUUACGCGCUAUCCGAUCCAGCGACUGCUCGUGUACCACAAACCGCUCUGCGAGUUCGUCUCGCCCGAGUAUGGCAUUUCGCGCGGCAACACCGAGUUAAGCCUUCGGAUCGCGUUUGCGCACCCACGCGUCGACGAAGACCACCCGCUGGUGCCGCUCGAAGACGCACAGGUCGAAGCCUGUGCGCCGACGUUGUAUGUGCGCUUCACCCUCGACGUCUCGGGCGCUGUCCUGGCGACGGUGCCGGCGACGCUUAGCAGCUGCCACCGAUUUGUGCAAUGUCGCAGCCCGAAAAACACGGACAUCGAGUCCUUCCAAUAUUCGCAAGUCGAAGCCGUGGCCUUGUCGCUGAGCUUCGAUGACGAGCUCUACUUUGCACUGGCGCCGAAAAAGCCAUUUGUGUACUAUGCACCGCCGCGGCUGCGCGCGUUCUCCACGACGCACGGUCCCUUCUCCGGGGGCACGCCGCUCGUCAUUGAUCUGUGGCAUCCGCUGCCCGACUGCAUCUCGUCGCGAGUUCGCUUUCGGUGCCCGAAGACGCUUGUCGUCCGAGACGCCCCCGCGACCACGCACAAAUCGCAGCCAUCCAGCCUUGUCUGCGUCGUGCCGCCCUGGCCGCGGCCCGAGGACGACGAGAGAAAUGAUGAUGAUGAACCGUGCAAGCUCGUGCUCGUCGAAGUGACGCUGAACGGCGUCGACUUUCACAUGGAUACCAAGCAGCUCAUUGCCAACACCAACGCGUUCUUCCGCGGGCUCGGCUCGAGCUUUUUGUACUACCGCACGCCGCGCCUCUUCUUCGUGUCGCCGGCGUACGUGCCGACAACGGGGGCGUUCCCGUGGUUGUGCACGGCGACGAUUUGAACGAUUACGGCGGCAUGAUCCAAGUUGCCUUCUCCAACGGCGCAUCAUCGACGCGCUACGUACCGGGGCGCGUCGACGGUUCUGGCGUUGUCUGCACAGCACCACCGUUUGCCGCUGGCCUCUCCAACGUGGCCGUGGCGCUGAAUGGCCAGCAGUUUACGGGUGACUGGAACGGCCGGGGCGACUGCACGACGGCAGAUCUCGACGCGCGAGUGCGGUUUUUCGAGGUGCCAACGUUUUCGGCCCUGGCCCCCGCGAGCGGUUCGCUGCGGGGGGGUACCCUGAUGCAGAUCUUCGGCACGGGCUUCAUCGAAACGGGCGCGCUUGAAGUGCGCUUCUCAGCACCAGCUAUCGAGUACGAAGAAAUCGUGCCGGGUCUCGUGACCGAUGGUGUGCUACGGUGCACGACGCCCCGCUGCCCCAUUGAAUGCACUGUCGAUGUAGCGUGGUCCUUCUCUGACCGCGUCUUCCUCCAGCCCGACCAAAAGCAGCCUCGAGCGGCGUUCACCUACGCGGCCAAGUAGCACACUGUAGCCGGACACCAGAGCGUGUGUUCCAAUCUUAGUCGCAUGACAUCCAUGUACGCAAGGCGUAGAGCAGAAGUCGUCGUAUGCAAGCUGGCCUGGCGUGUGUACAGGUUGUCCAUCUUUGAUCAGCAGAAAGCGUUGUCAAAAAAUGGUAUUUUUACGUGGACG